UUGCUAUUGUUGUUGUGAGAGAUGAGACGCGAGAAAGGUUGAAGCGGGAAAUGGCGGCACUCGCUCUCCAUGCCUCUGUUCCUCAGUCUCAACCAUUCAUUCCUCUCCCUUCCUUUUCUCUUUCAAAGUUCACUCAAUCUUCGGACAGAAGGACUUUGCUCUUCUGUGCUCCACCUCAGCUCCACCAUGUCCGAUCAGAAAUGUCGUUGUGCGUUGGAACUCAUCUCAUUCCACACCCCAACAAGGCACUCACUGGAGGGGAGGAUGCUUUCUUUGUCAGUAGCUACUCUGGAGGAGUUAUUGCUGUUGCUGAUGGUGUCUCUGGUUGGGCUGAAGAAAAUGUAGAUCCUUCUUUGUUCCCUCGAGAGUUCUUGGCUAACGCUUCAAAUUUGGUGGGGAAUGACGAUGAGGUUAAUAACGACCCUCAAAUUCUUCUGAGAAAGGCUCAUGCUGCUACCUCUGCAACUGGUUCAGCUACUGUAAUUAUUGCAAUGAUGGAGAGGGAUGGCAUGCUCAAAAUUGCUAAUGUUGGAGAUUGUGGAUUAAAGGUCAUUCGUAAAGGUCAAAUUAUAUUUUCCACGUCUCCACAAGAGCAUUUCUUUGACUGCCCGUAUCAACUUAGCUCUGAACGGGUUGGCCAGACAUUCCUUGAUGCCACGGUUAGCAAUGUGGAGCUAAUAGAGGGAGAUAUUUUAGUUAUGGGUUCGGAUGGUCUUUUUGAUAAUGUUUUUGACUAUGAGAUUGUUGCAACAGCAACCAAAUACAUUGAUGUCGGUGAGGCUGCUAAGGCACUGGCUAACCUUGCAAGUAGUCAUUCAGCGGAUAAAGCCUUUGAAUCACCAUAUUCAUUAGAGGCUAGAUCUAAGGGUUAUGAUGUUCCUUUCUGGAAAAAAAUGCUGGGAAUGAAGCUUACAGGGGGAAAGCUUGAUGAUAUCACUGUGGUCGUCGGUCAGGUAGUGAGCACGUGAUCUUAUCAUUUUCUCAAGGAAGGUUACGAUGAAAUGCAACUCAGUAUAUAAUAUGGUUCCACAAUCCAUUCUUGUAAACUAAUUAUUUAUUAUACAGCAUAAUUCUUACAUCAAA